AGUACUGAGCGGAUUGAAACACACACAUCCUUACAGUGGACUCAUGCUUGUGCUAUUUGAUCGUCUGCUACGGAAAUUCUUUUGCCUCGCUUUUUCCGCCAGACGAAGGAGUAACCAUGAUCGUUAGCACGGAGAUGAGUAUGUGAUGGACUCGGCUGUCGUCCAAUGGAAAGAAGUGGUGGCCAAGAAAGCCAUCAUGACCAGACUGGCCGCUCUAAUAAUGCUGACACCAAGGUGAAGUUUGGUGCUAGGCCACAAGGACAGUCUUCAAUCCGUAGCCAUGAAGUCAUCUCCCCCAAACCUGUUGCCAACAGUCAGACAACAGGCAACAGGCUGGAGGUCUACAAAAUUGAAAAGAAGAGGCUGAAACUGGAUGUGGACAAACGAGGCAGUCUUCCAAGACAACCUGACAGGAUAAUAGAUGCAGCUGUGUUACCCAAAUUUCCAGGAGCAAGUCCUUUCAAUCUCACCCAGGUUGUGGAGUCAGCCAAGAGCCAGAAGGCCAAUACACCUCAGUCCAAAACAAGUCAGAGCACUACUCCUGCAAAAAAUCAAAAAAGUCAAAAAAUAUCCAAACCUCAGAUUAAGAUCACCCAAGUCACUGAUGCUGCCUUGAAGAAGGCAAAGAAAGCUGAGGAUUCCAAAAAGACCUUGCUCAAAGGAAGCCAAAAGGUUGAAGAUUCAAACAAUUCCAAACCAAAGGUAUCCAAGGAAGACCAAAAAGAUGACUCCUCCAAGAAUAAGACAAAGUCUACCAAAACAUCGGAAGACUCAACUCUCCCCAAAACAGAAAAGAAAGAAAACAAAAAGACUAAUGACUCAGCAUCUCAAAAGAUUGAGAAAGAAGGUAAAAAAAUUGAAACUUCAAACAAUAAGAAAUCACAAACUCCAGCAGAAACUAAAGUCUAUAUCAGCGAAACACCUAAAGUCCCAACAAGCCACAAUUAUGAGGUUCCAAAUAAUGAGAUUACUAAAGCAGCACGCAGUACGGAACCACCCAUCACUAGGCAACCAACAGCAGUGCAAUCUCCAACCAAGGUCACAUUCAAGGUCGAAAGACCUGAGCGACCGGAGGAAGUCCACAUCGACAUGUCACGUGUCUCGGACAACCCUAGGUCAGUACAUUCCACAUCAGAAGGUUUUCAAAGACACUUUGUACGUUUGGGAUUUCCAAGUGCCCCUUUCAGGAGGAUAGUUCAUGUGACGUCUAAGAGUAUAUGUCUUAAUUGCUGUACGACAUUUCUACUGCUUCUUGUUUCUUUACUCCUGUUUGGCCCUGUUGUGAUCCUGGUGGCUAUCAUGGUUCCAGUGUGUGUGAUUGUGAAGAGAAUAUGUGACGUGUGCUACUGUUGCCGAUUCUGUAACCAUUGCUGCGCAGUUCUGUGCAACGAGCAUCUGUCAUCGUCGGAGAACAUCUGGCUUCACAAAUCCAGCAACACUAAUCCUGUCGUUGUUCAAAGUCUUAUUAUCAUACAAGCUGGACUUGACACCGACCGCAUACGUGACCUCAUCAACGCCCGCGUCAUUACUGCAGAAGACCGACGCGGAAACAAGCUAUAUCCCCGUUUCAGUGAAAAGGUUGUACCGUUUUGUUGCGGGUAUGCGUGGGUGGACGACUAUCAUUUCUUCAUCAACAAUCAUGUAUUCAAUGCAUCUGUUCGUUUAUCGUCCUUGGAAGAUUUACAGGAAUAUAUAUCCGAAAUGGCUUCUAAGCCCCUCCCAGAAGACCAUCCGCUCUGGGAGAUUCAAGUCUAUCAUAACUUCGGGCCACAGCGAGACACGGCGCUCCUGUUCCGGAUGCACCCCAGCAUGACGGAUGGCGUCUCCAUGAUCCGCAUCCUCCAGGAGGCGCUGGUGGAUUCCCAAGGAGUCUCCUCUCCAUCAUCUCCUCUAGGAAGUGGACCAGCCUUUCUGGGAACAUUCAGAGCAUUUCUUUUCGGACCCUUGACCUUCUGUUGUAAGUACUUGUGUAUGAGGGAUGACUUCAACCUGCUACACGGCCGCCAUGUCCAUCCUUCUGGAGACAUGGUUGUAGCGUGGUCAGCUCCGUUCAGCAUGAGGUCCGCCACACGCAUUAAACAGGUCUCCAGGUGUACGAUGAAUGAGCUUCUAAUGUCAGUGACAGCGGGGAAUGUUAGGUCGUAUCUACAAGUUAGCGGAAUUGGGAACCCUUACGACAUGCAGUGUGCCAUUCCAUUUGACUUUCAUCAUACAGACACAAGACAUAGGUCGGAGAUGGGGAGUAAGUAUUCAUUCAUAGUCCUACCUCUACCUACCAACACAGAAGGUGCUAUUCCACGCCUGUGGGAACUGAAAAUGACAAUGGAUCACUUCAAACGAUCUCCAGAGGCAGCAGUGAUAAAAGGGGCAAUGUGGUUCACGUCAGCCACCCUGCCCAAAUCCUUGUACAGAAAACUGUGGAACAAUAUAUAUAGCAAGUGUACAUGUCUAAUCUCGAAUCUGGCUGGUCCAGAAACCAACUUGAGAUUUGCGUCGCGUGAGAUUAAGUGUGUCAUGUACUGGCUACCCCCACUGGAGAAGGUGGCGGUCGCCAUUUCUUUCCUUACUUAUGGUGAUCAAAUUCGAAUGGCUGUGAUAGCUGAUCGCUCAGUGCUUCCAAACCCUGAACUUAUCACAAAGGAUUUCAUAUUCCAGAUGGAUUCGUUAUCCAAACUCCUGGCCCAUCGCCGAAUUCCUGGUGAGCAGAUCUGCCGCCGCAUGGAAUCUAUGCAGCUCCUCUCUAGCUACUCUCUCAGUGAUCUCACGGUGGAACAGAUCCAGCUGCAGAUGUCGCUAGUGCAGCAGGAGCUGCAUGAUCUGAAGCUGCAGCUUGAGUCGCAUUCUGCGCGGAAGUUCUCCCACAAUGAGGCUCACGCCAUGAAGAAGAUCGAACAUCUGAAGGAGCAGUUCCGGGAGAUGAUGGUUGAACUACGGAAGAAGAGAGCUGCAGAAAAUGAAAACGCUGUUGUGCUGACAGACGACACUGAUGAGGAGUUGGACAUUGAUCGUCCCCAGCGGCCGUUCAGACGCCGCACCCUGUCAAUGUCCUCCCGAAUGUCCACAGCGUCCGUCUCCUCCAUGGUCCGACCCCUGUCUACAGCACCACAGUCUGGUCAACCCUCCCCCACUCACCCCGGCAUGCCGUCAUGGCCAGGACCAGAGAUAGAGCUGAAGGAUGUUGAGCGGUCGCUGAUGAAGAAGCAUCCUGGCUACAAGCAGCGACUGUCGACAAUGGAAGAGUACGACAUGGACGAUGGUGCCCAGGGAAUGGACGAGCGCCGUUAUCGGACUUACUGACCUCAAACUUAACUACAUUACUGAGAUUGUCGGUCAGUGAUAACUAACUGUCUCAGUGAAUUGGGUACUUUAUGAUUGACUGGUCACAAUCUCACAAUCACAAGAACAAACUAGAUCACACUGUUUAGUACUGACAAGCUGUGUAACAGAUAUUUUCAUCUGAAACUACUGCUUCGCCCUUUGAUAUGCUGGUAUUGAUGUUUGUAAACAAGUCCUGUGCAGACACACAACUGGCUGCUUUGUGGGAUGGUUUGCUUGUUAGUGUUCUGUUGUAAUGAUUGUACGAUUGUCCUAGGGAUUGGUUUAAGCAUUUCUUGGACGGAAAUUCUAUUUAUGUAUGCUUUUAUGAAUAUGAGGAAUUGAAUCUGUCAAAUCAAGAUUUGAACAGUGUUAUUUAGAUGGUCACAAGAAAUUAGGACGGGGCAUACUUUGAAGGAACACAUCCAGUGGGAAGGAUCCAUUGGUUGGUUCAGUUGUUAAUCAGGACAGCUGUAACAAUGUAAGGACUGCAACCAAUUCCUAUACAAGUGGAUACUGUAACUCCACCAUCUGUAACACAACACUGACUACAUCAACUGCAAGAACUGCAACCAAUGCUGUGUCUGUUACAAG